CUUUUCACAGGUUCCCUUUGGUUGCUGCUGUCCCAGGGGCUGAAAAAGGGUGGCUGAGGACUGGCUGAGACACCUGGAAAUGUUGACCUUACUGUUAACAGCCCCGAUGGCUUUCCUCUUCCUUGGACUCCUUACCUUGCAAGACUCAAGAAAACUUUUCUAUAAGCAUUGAUAAUGCCAGAAGAUGUGCAAGUCUGAAAACAGAGAGCAAAUGCAGGGACCAUGGCUUACGUGUCAGAGGGUCAGCGUUUGUUGUACGUGCCUAUUUCAUCCAGGUGUUCGCAGUGGGAUGUGAAUCGUGCCAGGAUGGAUGGUGUCACUAACCCCCCCUAACCUGGGAUGAUCUUUCGGGUGUUUGCACUGGUGAUGUUAUCAGAGCCAGGGGAAGAGACGUGGAACCCUGAGUUUAGAAUCAUAGAAGUUCAUUUUGGAAGUGGAUAUCUGCUCAGAUUGCAAGACUAACCAGAGUGCUAAGAGCCCAAUUUGGAGGAGCCAUGGAAGAAUCCACCCCACCAGCUAAACCCGGGGAGAUGAACCCUCACUCUCGCUUUAUCAUUGGUUCCGUGUCAGAGGAUAACUCAGAAGAUGAGACUAGCUCCUUGGUGAAACUUGACCUGCUAGAGGAGAAAGAGAGGUCUUUGUCUCCUGUAUCUGUCUGUUCGGAUUCGCUUUCAGAUCUAGGACUUUCGAAUGCUCAAGAUAGCCUGGCAAGUCACAUGAGGCCCAGUAUGUCCGGUUUACACCUUGUAAAACAAGGCCGGGACAGGAAGAAAGUUGACCUACAGCGGGAUUUCACUGUGGCUUCUCCAGCAGAGUUUGUUACUCGUUUUGGAGGGAAUAAAGUUAUUGAGAAGGUCUUGAUAGCAAAUAAUGGGAUUGCAGCGGUGAAAUGCAUGAGAUCCAUCCGACGCUGGUCCUAUGAGAUGUUUCGAAAUGAGCGGGCGAUCAGAUUUGUUGUCAUGGUGACUCCUGAGGAUCUGAAAGCAAAUGCAGAGUACAUUAAAAUGGCAGAUCACUAUGUCCCAGUUCCAGGAGGACCAAACAACAAUAACUAUGCAAAUGUGGAACUCAUUCUUGAUAUUGCUAAACGGAUUCCAGUGCAGGCUGUAUGGGCUGGCUGGGGCCAUGCCUCUGAGAACCCUAAACUACCAGAACUACUCCAUAAAAAUGGGAUUGCUUUCAUGGGUCCUCCAAGCCAGGCAAUGUGGGCUUUAGGAGAUAAAAUUGCUUCAUCAAUAGUGGCUCAGACUGCAGGCAUCCCAACUCUUCCAUGGAGUGGCAGUGGUCUUCGAGUGGACUGGCAAGAAAAUGAUCUUCAGAAGCGUAUCUUGAACGUUCCUCAGGAACUAUAUGAAAAAGGUUAUGUGAAAGACGUGGAUGAUGGACUACGGGCUGCUGAGGAGGUUGGUUACCCUGUCAUGAUCAAGGCCUCUGAAGGAGGAGGAGGAAAAGGAAUUAGGAAAGUUAACAAUGCAGAUGACUUCCCCAACCUAUUUAGACAGGUUCAAGCCGAAGUCCCAGGUUCACCAAUCUUUGUAAUGAGACUAGCCAAACAGUCCCGCCACCUGGAGGUGCAGAUUCUGGCAGAUCAAUAUGGCAAUGCCAUCUCGCUCUUCGGCCGGGAUUGCUCCGUGCAGCGCAGGCACCAGAAGAUUAUUGAGGAAGCGCCUGCUUCUAUUGCAACUUCUGUGGUGUUUGAGCACAUGGAACAGUGUGCGGUGAAGCUUGCCAAAAUGGUGGGAUAUGUGAGUGCGGGCACUGUGGAAUACCUGUACAGCCAGGAUGGCAGUUUCUACUUUCUGGAGUUGAAUCCCCGACUGCAAGUGGAGCACCCCUGCACAGAGAUGGUAGCUGAUGUUAAUCUGCCUGCAGCACAGCUCCAGAUUGCUAUGGGGAUUCCCCUCCAUAGGAUCAAGGAUAUCCGAAUGAUGUACGGUGUUUCUCCAUGGGGAGAUGUACCUAUUGAUUUUGAGAAUUCGGCCCAUGUACCCUGUCCACGUGGCCAUGUCAUUGCAGCACGUAUCACCAGUGAGAAUCCUGAUGAGGGAUUUAAGCCCAGUUCUGGUACAGUCCAAGAACUGAAUUUCCGCAGCAAUAAGAAUGUCUGGGGCUAUUUCAGUGUUGCUGCUGCAGGUGGGCUUCAUGAAUUUGCUGAUUCUCAGUUUGGUCACUGCUUUUCUUGGGGAGAGAAUCGAGAGGAAGCCAUCUCAAACAUGGUGGUGGCUUUGAAGGAGCUGUCUAUUCGAGGGGAUUUCCGAACCACUGUUGAGUACUUGAUUAAACUGUUGGAAACGGAAAGCUUCCAGCAGAACCGCAUUGACACUGGCUGGUUGGAUCGGCUCAUUGCUGAGAAAGUGCAGGCGGAAAGGCCAGAUACCAUCCUCGGAGUGGUGUGUGGGGCUCUGCAUGUGGCUGACGUUAGCUUCCGAAACAGUGUCUCCAACUUCCUGCACUCUUUGGAAAGGGGCCAAGUCCUGCCUGCUCAUACCCUGCUAAAUACUGUGGACGUGGAACUCAUCUAUGAAGGACGGAAGUACGUGCUGAAGGUGACCCGGCAGUCUCCCAAUUCCUAUGUGGUCAUCAUGAACAGCUCCUGUGUGGAAGUUGAUGUGCACCGUCUGAGUGAUGGAGGACUGCUUCUGUCUUAUGAUGGCAGCAGCUAUACUACCUACAUGAAAGAAGAAGUGGACAGGUAUCGCAUCACUAUAGGUAACAAGACCUGUGUGUUUGAAAAGGAGAAUGAUCCCUCUAUACUGCGCUCACCUUCAGCUGGGAAGCUUAUCCAGUAUGUUGUGGAGGAUGGGGGACAUGUGUUUGCAGGCCAGUGCUUUGCAGAAAUAGAGGUGAUGAAGAUGGUGAUGACGUUAACAGCAGGAGAAUCGGGCUGCAUCCAUUAUGUCAAACGCCCUGGAGCAGUGCUGGAUCCAGGCUGUGUCAUUGCCAAGCUCCAACUGGAUGAUCCCAGCAGGGUUCAGCAGGCUGAGCUGCACACGGGUACCUUGCCACAGAUCCAGAGCACAGCACUUCGAGGCGAGAAACUCCAUCGCGUUUUCCACUAUGUCCUAGAUAACCUGGUCAAUGUGAUGAAUGGAUACUGCCUGCCAGAGCCCUACUUCAGCAGCAAGGUGAAAGGCUGGGUUGAGCGACUCAUGAAGACACUGAGAGAUCCAUCUUUGCCUCUCCUGGAACUUCAGGACAUCAUGACCAGUGUUUCUGGACGAAUACCACCCAAUGUGGAGAAGUCCAUCAAGAAGGAGAUGGCCCAAUAUGCCAGCAACAUCACAUCGGUCCUUUGCCAAUUUCCCAGCCAACAGAUUGCCAAUAUCUUGGAUAGCCAUGCAGCCACCUUGAACCGCAAAUCAGAGCGUGAGGUCUUCUUCAUGAACACCCAGAGCAUUGUGCAGCUUGUACAGAGGUACCGGAGUGGUAUUCGGGGUCACAUGAAAGCAGUGGUGAUGGAUCUGCUCCGUCAGUAUCUAAAGGUGGAGACUCAGUUUCAGCAUGGUCACUAUGACAAGUGUGUCUUUGCCCUUCGGGAAGAGAAUAAAAGUGACAUGAAUGCUGUAUUGAACUACAUCUUCUCACAUGCUCAGGUCACCAAGAAGAACCUGCUUGUUACAAUGCUCAUCGACCAGCUAUGUGGCCGUGACCCCACCUUGACAGAUGAGCUGAUGAAUAUUCUGACAGAGCUGACCCAGCUCAGCAAGACAACCAAUGCUAAAGUGGCACUGCGAGCACGGCAGGUUCUCAUUGCUUCCCAUUUGCCGUCCUACGAGCUGCGUCACAACCAGGUGGAGUCCAUCUUCUUGUCUGCCAUUGACAUGUAUGGACACCAGUUCUGCAUUGAGAACCUGCAGAAACUCAUUUUGUCUGAGACAUCCAUCUUUGAUGUGCUACCCAACUUCUUCUACCACAGUAACCAGGUGGUAAGAAUGGCAGCUUUGGAGGUGUAUGUUCGAAGGGCAUACAUUGCCUAUGAGUUAAACAGUGUUCAGCAUCGCCAGCUGAAGGAUAACACUUGCGUGGUGGAGUUCCAGUUCAUGCUACCUACCUCCCAUCCAAACAGAGGGAACAUCCCCACGCUAAACAGAAUGUCCUUCUCUUCCAACCUCAAUCACUAUGGGAUGGUCCAUGUAGCUAGCGUGAGUGAUGUACUGCUAGACAAUUCGUUCACUCCACCGUGCCAGCGGAUGGGCGGAAUGGUCUCCUUCCGCACUUUUGAAGAUUUUGUCAGAAUCUUUGAUGAAGUGAUGAGUUGCUUCUGUGACUCUCCUCCCCAGAGUCCAACCUUCCCUGAAGCUGGUCAUGCUUCCUUGUAUGAUGAAGAAAAGACUGCCCGCGAGGAGCCCAUUCACAUUCUUAAUGUUGCGAUUAAAACUGACAGUGACGUUGAUGAUGAUGGGCUAGCAGCCAUGUUCAGAGAAUUCACGCAAAGCAAGAAAUCAGUCCUGAUUGAACAUGGGAUUCGGAGGCUGACUUUUCUUGUAGCACAGAAGGACUUCAGGAAACAGGUCAACUGUGAGGUCGAUCAGAGAUUUCAUAGGGAAUUUCCAAAAUUUUUCACAUUCCGUGCCAGGGAUAAGUUUGAGGAAGAUAGGAUCUACCGUCAUCUGGAGCCAGCUCUGGCUUUUCAGCUAGAAUUGAACCGGAUGCGAAACUUUGAUCUCACUGCCAUUCCAUGUGCCAACCACAAAAUGCAUCUCUACCUGGGAGCAGCUAAAGUGGAAGUGGGAACAGAAGUGACAGACUACAGGUUCUUCGUGAGGGCUAUUAUAAGGCAUUCUGACCUGGUUACCAAGGAAGCCUCCUUUGAGUAUCUGCAAAAUGAGGGAGAGCGAUUGCUUUUGGAAGCCAUGGAUGAAUUGGAGGUGGCUUUUAAUAAUACCAAUGUGCGCACUGACUGCAAUCACAUCUUCUUAAACUUUGUGCCUACUGUCAUCAUGGACCCAUCUAAGAUUGAAGAAUCUGUGCGGAGCAUGGUGAUGCGCUACGGGAGUCGCCUGUGGAAGCUCCGUGUCCUCCAAGCCGAACUGAAAAUCAACAUCCGUUUGACCCCGACCGGAAAGGCGAUUCCCAUUCGUCUCUUCUUGACCAAUGAGUCUGGCUAUUAUUUGGACAUUAGUCUGUACAAAGAAGUGACAGACUCGAGAACAGGACAGAUUAUGUUCCAAGCAUAUGGGGAUAAACAAGGACCACUUCAUGGGAUGCUCAUCAACACCCCGUAUGUGACCAAAGACCUGCUUCAGUCCAAGAGAUUCCAGGCACAGUCUUUAGGGACAUCAUAUGUCUAUGACAUUCCCGAGAUGUUUCGGCAGUCUUUGAUUAAGCUCUGGGAUUCUAUGAACGAACAUGCGUUCCUACCCACACCGCCUCUGCCGUCUGACAUACUAACGUAUACUGAAUUGGUGUUGGAUGAUCAGGGCCAGCUGGUGCACAUGAACAGGCUGCCGGGAGGAAAUGAGAUUGGGAUGGUGGCCUGGAAAAUGACUCUCAAAACCCCUGAAUAUCCAGAAGGCCGUGAUAUCAUUGUCAUUGGCAAUGACAUUACAUACCGAAUAGGUUCUUUUGGGCCUCAAGAGGAUGUGCUGUUCCUGAGAGCGUCUGAGCUUGCUCGGACACAUGGCAUCCCCCGUAUCUAUGUGGCUGCCAACAGUGGAGCCAGGAUUGGUUUGGCUGAGGAGAUUCGGCACAUGUUCCACGUUGCCUGGGAAGACCCAGAUGACCCAUACAAAGGAUACAAAUACUUGUACCUGACUCCUCAAGACUAUAAGAAAGUUAGUGCCUUGAACUCAGUUCAUUGUGAACAUGUGGAGGACAAUGGAGAAUCCAGGUAUAAGAUAACAGAUAUUAUCGGAAAGGAAGACGGACUUGGAAUAGAGAACCUCAGAGGAUCUGGCAUGAUUGCUGGAGAAUCAUCUUUAGCCUAUGAGAGUAUUAUCACCAUCAAUCUGGUUACAUGUCGAGCAAUUGGAAUUGGGGCUUACCUUGUUCGGCUAGGGCAGAGGACUAUCCAGGUUGAGAACUCGCACAUAAUCCUGACCGGCUGUGGAGCCCUCAACAAAGUGCUUGGACGAGAAGUUUAUACCUCCAACAACCAGCUGGGCGGGAUCCAAAUAAUGCACAACAACGGCGUGACGCACGGCACUGUGUGUGAUGAUUUUGAAGGAGUCUACACUAUUCUGCAGUGGCUCUCCUACAUGCCAAAGAGCGUGUACAGCCCUGUUCCUAUCCUCAAAGUCAAGGAUCCAAUAGACAGAACCAUAGAGUUUGUUCCUACCAAGACUCCCUAUGAUCCCCGCUGGAUGCUGGCUGGCCGCCCAAACCCAAGUCAAAAAGGUCAGUGGCUAAGCGGUUUCUUUGACAAUGGCUCAUUCCUGGAGAUCAUGCAGCCCUGGGCACAGACAGUUGUGGUUGGUAGAGCCAGGCUGGGAGGAAUACCUGUAGGAGUAGUUGCCGUAGAAACAAGAACAGUGGAACUAAGUAUCCCUGCUGAUCCUGCAAACCUGGACUCGGAGGCCAAGAUAAUCCAGCAGGCUGGUCAGGUGUGGUUCCCUGACUCUGCCUUUAAGACUGCCCAGGCUAUCAAUGACUUCAACAGAGAAGGGCUACCUCUGAUGGUCUUUGCUAAUUGGAGAGGCUUCUCUGGAGGAAUGAAAGACAUGUAUGACCAAGUGCUGAAGUUUGGUGCCUACAUUGUGGACGGCCUGAGAGAGUAUCAUCAACCAGUGCUUAUUUACAUCCCGCCGCAAGCGGAGCUGAGAGGAGGGUCCUGGGCUGUGAUUGAUCCUACCAUUAAUCCUCGUCACAUGGAGAUGUAUGCAGACCGAGAGAGCAGAGGAGGAAUCCUGGAACCAGAGGGGACAGUAGAAAUCAAAUUCCGCAGGAAAGAUCUGGUGAAGACAAUGAGGCGAGUGGACCCCAUCUACAUCCAUCUGGCGGAGCGACUAGGUACUCCUGAGCUAAGCCCUGCUGAUCGAAAAGAGCUGGAGACCAAGCUGAAGGAACGGGAGGAAUUCCUCAUUCCCAUUUACCACCAGGUAGCCAUGCAGUUUGCUGACCUGCACGACACGCCAGGCCGGAUGCAGGAGAAGGGUGCCAUUACUGACAUUCUAGAUUGGAAAACUUCCCGUACUUUCUUCUACUGGAGAUUAAGACGUCUUCUGCUAGAAGACGUGGUCAAGAAGAAGAUCCACGAUGCCAAUCCUGAGCUAACUGAUGGGCAGAUCCAGGCUAUGCUGAGACGCUGGUUUGUGGAAGUUGAAGGAACAGUAAAGGCGUACUUAUGGGACAGCAAUAAGGACCUAGUGGAGUGGCUGGAAAAACAGCUUACGGAAGAAGAAGGCGUUCGUUCCGUUGUGGAUGAAAACAUCAAAUACAUCUCGAGGGACUACAUACUUAAACAGAUACGGAGCUUGGUCCAGGCCAAUCCGGAGGUUGCCAUGGAUUCGAUUGUGCACAUGACCCAGCAUAUAUCACCCACCCAGCGAGCGGAGAUCGUGCGGAUUCUCUCCACAAUGGACUCGCCUUCUUCAACGUAAGAGCAUCGAUUUCCCGCACUCUCCCCCUGCCCGGUACAGUGGAAGGAAAAAAAGCAAGCUCAGAAUUGCCCUUUGUCUGCUCGACUGCGGCCACUGUACCGAGACGGGGAGGCUCGGGGAAAUGCUGCAAGAAUGACAUUUUUAUUUUUUCAAAUCAGACUGACCAGAGGAAGUGUGUUCUUUGGCCAGAGACACGAGGAAAAUGUAUAAACACAAGCGCCUGCGGAAUCGAGUUACAGCUGUCUAACGGUACCUUAUUUAUUUAACAAAGCGUGACUGGACCAGCGCGUCAGUUAGCUGUUGGGCUGCCGUCCGAAAGCACUACAGCCAGGCAAUGAAGGGUACCUGCGUACCGUGAGGUCUGGCCAUAGCAAAGCAGGGGCUCUUUUAAGUCACACCCCUGUGUCCUUGCAUCGGUCUCUUCUCACACUCGGUCUGGUAGCGCUUUGCGCUGACAAGUGCCAACGUUACAGCCUGCGAGAGCGAUGGUUACGGGCAGAGGAGGACGGGCUCUGCCUUCGAGGCGCGGGUGGGAACACCUCUCUCCCCCAGGAUUUGGGAAAAUCCUCUGGCGCGGUGUCUUGCCGAUCCAUGGAUGAGUGGAGUCUGCCACUGCGUCAGCCCUCUUGUCUCUGUCGGCCAGUGGGGAUUUGUAUGUCAAACAUGUGUCUUGAUCCUUGCGAGCAGAAGAAAAGGAGCAUUGACGCCUGCGAGGGCAGUGCUGUGUCCACAGCCUGGGUGCAGGGAAGGCUGUUGCGGUGCUGGAUGCUCUUAUUCCUCAAGAGCUGGGGAAGGUGGCAGGGGCAGGAUUUCUGCACUAAAACCCAGCUCUUUUUGUCUCUGUGCCUGAUUUGUUGGGCUGCUUUAGAACAGAUGCGUGAAGUGGGUGAAAAGCCCUGCUAGGAGGAGGUAAAGCCGGAGCCCCCAACGUACCUGUUGGCCAGUCCUGCUCUUCUCCCUGUUGAUUUUGAGGGGCCACUUCUGCCUCUGACAGUCCUGGGGCGGCCCCACUGCUGCACAUAUUUCAUUUAAGUGCUAAUUCCUUCCACGUGAGUGGUUAACUGAAGCAGAAAGCAGAUAUAAGCUGCCAUGGCAAGGGAGGGUGAAGGAUGGUUUCACGUACACAGAUGGGGUUAGACUUGCACAAGGAGAACUCAGUGUAGUGCAGCUGAGCAGAGCUUCUCGUGGUGCCCACCUCUCCCUCGUAGCUGUUGGAGAGGCUCCCUGGUGCCUCCUGCCACUCAGCCCACCGUGGCGUGCGGCUGGGGAAGGGAACGUGGUCCCUAGUCCCAUGAGACAACACAACUGUAAGAAAAGCUGGUUUUGGUAGUCGUCUUCCCGAGCGCCGACUGGCACUGCCGCCUGUUCCAGUGGUCGCUCGUGGCAGUUUGCCAGGAAGAGCUGUCUCCGAUGGAUGCUUGGCCGGUCAGUGCGGAGCCAGCCUUGAGCCAGGCUGCCUCAGUAGAGGUGGUGGCAGCAGCGCAGAGGAGCACCACAAGCACUGACCCCACGCCAGUCCUUGGCUUGUUUCUGCGCUUCUUAUCUUCAUGGGCCUCCUGACCGUAGUAAGAGAUCAGAUGAGCAGGAACUCUGGAGGGAAGCAUGGCCAACCCAACCUUGUUUUUAAGAGUAAAAGUAGCUACUGUGGUGGAACUCUGUAAAAGUAGUAUUGGAGAACUUACCCCAAGGAUUGUCUUUAAAGUAUUUCAGGUUUGACAACUGCUCUUUUAGUGUAGCUCCUUAACAGAAGGGGUGUUUUUACAAGAGUGAAUUAACUGUGAUGCCGGUGCCUCAUGCCUGUACUGUUUCCUUCUGAAGGGCAACACACCCCUUCUGGGCGUGUGGUGCCGGGGCUCUUGCAAAACCAAGGUGCAGCACCGUAGGUGCUCUCUUCCCCGAGACAAGCACCAGCGGGGCACCUCUGCCCGUGGUCAGUGGAGGUGUAUAAUCUGAGCAACUAGCUUUUUCUUAAGAGAAACCCUAAUCUGGGGUUUUCUCAAGAACCCUAAUUUGGUUUAAAAGACUCUCUUUUCCACUAGAGCCCUGAACAAAACUCAAAGAUACUUUCACUUAUGCCAGUCUGGGCUGCAACAGGACACAAAGUGCAGACAGAGACUGUCUCAACAGGGAGGACUGACCAGGGGAUGAGCUUGCACAGGCGGGUCUGACUGACACGUGCACUCGGGACAAUGCUGUGAGCUCGCGCUGCGUCGACGUCCCGCUGGGCUCCUCCGCUGCUGCCACCAGGACUUCCACAUCGCGUUGCUGUAAAUUUGGCUCCUGUUAAGGAUGUCGGCAAGCGUUACGGGCGCUGCUCUGGUCGCUGGGCUUGAGAGGGAGAGCGCUGCAGGUGCCAAAGUCACCUGGGGGGCUUUAGAGCAGAGCAGAGGUACUGGGUCAGGCUUGACUUCAUUUUGGAGUAAAGUAGCUCCAACAAAAAGCCAUUUGGUGCUGCUGGAGCUGGUGUGACGUCUGCUACUAACUCGGAGAGCAGUGCAUUCGUCCAGGUUUAUGGAAGUGCUGGGGCUGCCGGCGCACAGCCGGGGUGCCGGCCUCGGCUCUGGCGGGAGAGCGGGCGCCGCAGACAGGCCGUGCAGGCCGAUACGGGACGGGUCGGGGGCCGG